AUGAGCUUUAACAACACUAAUUUUUCUAUCAAAAACAUUGACAAUGAGCAUAUGAUUUGCAUUGCUCCAGAAUAUGAGUAUAAUAACCCCAAGGUUUUGGAAAUCUUUCAAAAAGAAGCUGCUUUUGCCAUUUGGUUUGAAAAUGACAAAAUAAGAUAUGUCAAUCAGAAUUUUAUAAAGACACACGUGUUCAAGGCUGCCUACAGCACUAGCAUCCCAAAAGACGUUUUGCAGACAUUGUACUUGGCAUGCAAUUAUCGUGGCCUGCCAAGAAAACAUAAUAAGAAGGCUGAUAACAAGCCCAAGACCAAAAGAGUCUGCAUGGAAUCUAUCAAAAAUGGCCAUAAGCAACACAAUACUCACCAGCCUGAAAAGGUCCAGAAUAUGAUCUGUUCCAGACUUCCGGCUGAAAUGAAGCAGUAG